AUGGACUUCUCUGUUUUGCCAAACAACAACCAUCCUGAUAAAUUCCUGCAACUGGAGGUGAAGUCUCUCGUGAAAGACUCUGCCUUUCUACAAGCCAGCCUGGCAAAAUUACCAGAAGCAGCUUUACCUGGUGUGCAGCAGUGGCACAACAGGGUCUAUUUACAGAGAGAAAAGAGAAAUGUCACUGAGCUGCCGGGCUUAGGCUCGAAUGAGGUCAGUCAAGGAAUGAUAGACAAAACCCUCGGGAAACACAUUACACCCAUCACCCUGAAAUCCACAAUCAAAAGCAACCCCUUGUAUAAUGAUAUCCAGGUGGAUGAUGACUGGGGGGAGAAGAAAAAGACCCCUUCCUGGACUGUGCAAGACUAUGACAGGCACUCUCUGCACUCUAACUUGGCCAGCCACAUAAAGGAAAAUCCUAAUGAUCUACAGUUCUGGAUGGGGGAUAUUUAUACUCCUGGGUAUGAUACCUUGUUAAAAAAGAAAGAGAGAGAAAAAAAGCAUUCCAAAUGUUGCCGAAUCAUCCUGCUCACGGUACUAGCUGUUUGCAUCCUAAUUACCAUAGUCACACUCAGCAUUUUACUUACUUAG